AAAUCCUCCACCUUUUGCCACUUGAGCUAGGCCUUGGGGGUGAAAAUCAGUAUCUUUUUAAAAGCUAAAAGGUAGGAAAGCCUUGCUUUUGUUGGUUUGUGGUGAACCUUUUAUUUUUAGUGGUAGGUGAAGGUGUUAAAAGGGGACAUGGUAUGGUAGACCUAAAAUCACAUGGAAGGAAGUGUCUCAAAGGACCUCUAAAUGCUUGGUAUCAAUAGAUAUGGCACAAUGGAAGAAAAAGAUUCACAUAGGAGAUAGCUGCUAGUUGAGGAUAGGUUUUUGUGAAGGAGGAACUAACUAAGUAGCUAAUCACACUUGCACCAAUCACAGUGUGUGUAUAAUAUAAUACAAUUAUAGCUAAUAACAUCAAGGUACUUGUAUACACGUAGUUAGUUCCUUUACACCCCCCUCUUUCAAGCUAGGAGCUAUGAAGAUGUUCUUCAUACCUAGCUUGGACAUAAGAUAUGUGUGAGGGCCUUUGCCAAGUGCUUUAGUAAGAACAUCUGCAGGUUGUUCGGAGGAUGGGAGGUAGGCAGUGACAAGUAGUAAGCCAUCCUGAGUCUUUUCUCUGAUGAAGUGACAGUCAAUGUCAAUGUGUUUUGUUCUCUCAUAAAACACAUGGUUAGCAGCAAUUUGUAAUGCUGAAGUACUAUCUGAAUAAAGAGGCACUGGUAAUGAAAUGGCAACACCUAAUUCCUGAAACAAACCAACAGUCCAAACAACUUCUGCAACAGUUGAGGCCAUGGCUCUGUACUCAGCCUCUGCUUCGCUUCUAGAAACGGUAGAGAGGGAACGGGGAAUAACUGUUAAAGCCCAAACAGCAACUAUGUUCCAUCGUCACAAGUUCCUUGGCAGUGACACAGAUUUUUUGUUGAACCUUAUUGACACACCUGGGCAUGUGGAUUUUAGCUAUGAAGUAUCCAGAUCUUUGGCAGCUUGUCAAGGUGCCCUUUUGGUUGUUGAUGCAGCCCAAGGUGUGCAGGCACAGACUGUUGCUAAUUUUUACCUCGCGUUUGAAUCAAACCUGGCCAUAAUUCCUGUCAUAAAUAAAAUUGAUCAACCCACUGCUGAUCCAGAUCGGGUAAAAGCACAGCUCAAAUCUAUGUUUGACCUUAAUCCAAGUGAUGUACUAUUGACAUCAGCAAAAACUGGUCUAGGUCUAGAGCAGGUUCUUCCUGCUGCAAUAGAGAGAAUUCCUCCACCCCCUGGAAAAAGCACUUCACCUUUGCGAAUGCUUUUGCUGGAUUCAUAUUAUGAUGAGUACAAAGGAGUUAUCUGCCAUGUGUCUAUUGUUGAUGGUGCUCUGCACAAGGGUGACAAGAUUUGCUCUGCUGCGACUGGCCAAAGUUAUGAAGUUUCCGAUGUUGGUAUCAUGCACCCAGAACUUGUGGCGACAGGAAUCCUUUUAACAGGUCAAGUUGGAUAUAUAGUCAGCGGAAUGCGUUCAACAAAAGAGGCCCGUGUUGGAGAUACUCUACAUCAUACACGAACAGUUAUACAGCCCCUUCCAGGUUUCAAGCCAGCAAAACAUAUGGUCUUUUCUGGCCUAUAUCCAGCUGAUGGAUCUGAUUUUGAGGCACUUAACCAUGCCAUAGAGAGACUGACGUGUAAUGAUGCCAGCGUCUCUGUAACUAAAGAAAGCAGCACAGCUCUAGGUCUGGGUUUCAGAUGUGGUUUCUUGGGCUUACUUCACAUGGAUGUUUUUCAUCAGCGACUUGAGCAGGAACAUGGAGCACAUGUCAUUUCCACUGUUCCUACAGUGCCAUAUAUUUUUGAGUACUCAGAUGGAAGCAAAUUACAGGUUCAGAAUCCAGCUGCUUUGCCUUCAAACCCCAAAAAUAGACUCAUUGCCUGCUGGGAACCUACUGUGUUAGCUACUAUUAUAAUCCCUAGUGAGUAUGUGGGGUCUGUUAUCACUUUAUGCGCUGAGCGUCGCGGGGAGCAAUUGGAGUACUCAUUCAUUGAUAGCCAGCGAGCUUUCAUGAAGUAUCGCAUGCCUCUGAGGGAAAUUGUUGUGGACUUCUACAAUGAAUUGAAAAGUAUAACAUCAGGAUAUGCUUCGUUUGAUUAUGAGGAUUCAGAAUAUCAGGCUUCGGAUUUGGUGAAGCUGGAUAUUCUCCUUAAUGGCCAACCAGUUGAUGCCAUGGCAACCAUUGUCCACAAAUCAAAAGCUCCACGUGUUGGCCGUGAACUUGUGGAGAAGCUUAAAACAUUUAUAGACAGGCAGAUGUUUGAAAUUAUCAUACAAGCUGCUAUUGGAUCUAAGGUCAUAGCCCGGGAGACGCUUUCUGCUAUGAGAAAAAAUGUUCUGGCAAAGUGUUAUGGUGGUGAUGUUACAAGAAAGAGGAAGUUGUUGGAGAAACAGAAAGAAGGGAAGAAGCGAAUGAAGCGAGUGGGAUCCGUCGAUAUACCCCAAGAGGCAUUCCACGAGUUACUCAAGGUCUCAUGAAGACUAUCUUAAAUGCCUUCUAGAUUUCUAGAUACAAAAGGUAAAUGAAGGAAUUCCUCUAUUUCUUCCCAGUUAAUAAGUGUAUUUGUUUUGUCCCCUUUAGGGGCAGGUUCUUGAUAAUUGAAUAUUGAUAGAAGUUUUAGCAGACAGGGGAGACACUGAUGAGUAGAAAAUGGGAACACUAGACUGACAAGAAAGUUGUUUCACGGGAUUUAAACUCCUCGUCUAAUGAAAAAUUAGUUAGGAGUAGUAAUAAGUGUUACUCAGUACCAUGUUAGCUCGGUUAACAUAACUGAUUUUUCCUUGCAUAAAGCGUAAGAUGUCGUCAUAUACGAUGAUGGAUACCCACACAGUUGAUGUUGUACAAUCACUAAGUUCCAUUGCACAAGCUACCUUUGUUAGACGAGUGGAUGAAGAUAAAGUUCAACGGGUAUGACUAUAAAACCCCAAUUUUAUCCUCAUUUUAUCCCUGGAGACAUACAAAUGUUUUGUUGUGGUCAAAGUUGACCCCUUUUUUCAUGUGUUGGAGGUGGGAUAAUUUAAGCCAUUGAAUAACCCUUUUUGAUGACAUUAUUGUUGGAAGAAAGAUCAAAUCAGGUCUCUAUUGGUCCAUCGUACAACAUGGAUCUCAGCUGCAUACUCUGCAAUAUUUGAAUUCAGAAGUAUACCAAGUGCCAUGGUAGAAAAUUUUCUUGCUAGAAUUGAUAGGGACGUGACAUUUCCUUAUUCGUAUCGUCCAAAUCGUUAGAGGGUGGCAUAAAUUGAGUCCUAAUAAUGUAGUUGAUUGAAUUUGGAACUAGAUUAUGGAAAACUUGAUUGUUAACGUUGCUUGUCGUCCCAGAUUUUAACCGUAUGAUGUAACAACUUUGGUUGAAAUUGGUAACGGCAUUGAUUCUUCAUUCC